UCCUCAACCAAAAGCAGCUAGAUAGCUAUCUCCUGAUCUAGCUCUACUAGCACUAGCAACGGCGUCGGGCAUGGAGGCCGCUGGAGCGCCGGGAAGCUCUCUGCACGGGAUGACGGGUCGGGAGCCGGCGUUCGCCUUCUCCACGGCGGCGCCCGAGCACGACGGCGACGACGCCGCGGCGAGCAAGUUCGACCUGCCGGUGGACUCGGAGCACAAGGCGAAGAGCAUCCGUCUCUUCUCCUUCGCGAACCCUCACAUGCGCACCUUCCACCUCUCCUGGAUCUCCUUCUUCACCUGCUUCGUCUCCACCUUCGCCGCGGCUCCCCUCGUCCCCAUCAUCCGCGACAACCUCAACCUCACCAAGGCCGACAUCGGCAACGCCGGGGUGGCGUCCGUGUCGGGCUCCAUCUUCUCCCGUCUCACCAUGGGCGCCGUCUGCGACCUGCUGGGCCCGCGCUACGGCUGCGCUUUCCUCAUCAUGCUGUCGGCGCCCACCGUGUUCUGCAUGGCGCUCAUCGACGACGCCGCGGGCUACAUCGUCGUCAGGUUCCUCAUCGGCUUCUCGCUAGCGACCUUCGUCUCGUGCCAGUACUGGAUGAGCACCAUGUUCAACAGCAAGAUCAUCGGCACCGUCAACGGGCUCGCCGCCGGGUGGGGCAACAUGGGCGGCGGCGCCACGCAGCUCAUCAUGCCGCUGGUGUACGACGUCAUCCGCAAGUGCGGCGCCACGCCAUUCACGGCGUGGCGGGUGGCAUACUUCGUCCCGGGGCUGAUGCACGUGGUCAUGGGCGUGCUGGUGCUGACGCUCGGGCAGGACCUCCCCGACGGCAACCUCAGGACGCUGCAGAAGAAGGGCAACGUCAACAAGGACAAGUUCUCCAAGGUCAUGUGGUACGCCCUGAUAAACUACCGGACCUGGAUCUUCGUCCUCCUCUACGGCUACUCCAUGGGCGUCGAGCUCACCACCGACAACGUCAUCGCCGAGUACAUGUACGACCGCUUCGACCUCGACCUCCGCGUCGCCGGCACCAUCGCCGCCUGCUUCGGCAUGGCCAACCUCGUCGCGCGCCCCAUGGGCGGCGUGCUCUCCGACGUCGGCGCGCGGUACUGGGGCAUGCGCGCGCGCCUCUGGAACAUCUGGAUCCUCCAGACCGCCGGCGGCGCCUUCUGCCUCUGGCUGGGGCGCGCCAGCACGCUCCCCGUCUCCAUCGUCGCCAUGGUGCUCUUCUCCUUCUGCGCGCAGGCCGCCUGCGGCGCCAUCUUCGGCGUCAUCCCCUUCGUCUCCCGCCGCUCCCUCGGCAUCAUCUCCGGCAUGACGGGCGCCGGCGGCAACUUCGGUGCGGGGCUCACGCAGCUGCUCUUCUUCACCUCGUCCACCUACUCCACGGCCAGGGGGCUGGAGUACAUGGGCAUCAUGAUCAUGGCGUGCACGCUGCCGGUGGUGUUCGUGCAUUUCCCGCAGUGGGGGUCCAUGUUCUUCCCGGCCAGCGCCACCGCCGACGAGGAGACCUACUACGCCUCCGAGUGGAACGACGACGAGAAGAGCAAGGGACUCCACAGCGCCAGCCUCAAGUUCGCCGAGAACAGCCGAUCAGAGCGCGGCAAGCGCAACGUCAUCCAGGCCGACGCCGGCGCCACGCCGGAGCACGUAUAAGCUGUUUAAGAUCGAUGGGUCUUCAAAUGUACGUGUACGUAUAUUAAUUCCUUGCAACAAGCUGGACCGGAACACGCGUUUAAAACAAUCAGUCAAGUAAGGAUGUGAGCUUAAUCCAAUCCUUACUGUUGUACUAGAGCUGCUGAUCGAGCUGCAGCUCAGUGUGAGAGGGUUUUUCUUUUUCUUGCAGCUAAUUGUGUCUCAAAUUGUAAUGUUGCUGAGAUGGUUGUUAUAUAUAUACAUCUCAAUGUACUUGAGCUAGCAAAUACA